GACAUAAUUCAGAAUUACAGGAAAAUAAAAAACAAAAAAAAAAUAUAGACUCGAAGCGCAAAAUUCCAUCUAGUACCAUAGCAACAUGUCUGAACAGCAAGCAUCCCUACUGCUGAGGCGCCAACUUACAGAGCUUCACCGCAAUCCGGUUGAGGGCUUCUCCGCCGGCCUGAUCAACGACGCGGACAUCUUCAAGUGGGAGGUGGUGAUCAUUGGCCCGCCGGAAACCCUGUACGAGGGCGGCUGCUUCAAGGCCCAUCUCAUCUUCCCCAAGGAGUAUCCGCUGCGGCCGCCGACCAUGAAGUUCGUCACCGACAUAUGGCACCCGAACAUCGAAAAGGGCGGCAACGUCUGCAUCUCCAUUCUGCACGAGCCGGGCGACGACAAGUGGGGCUACGAGAAGGCCGAGGAGCGCUGGCUGCCCGUUCACACCGUGGAGACCAUUCUCCUAUCGGUCAUAUCGAUGCUCACCGAUCCCAAUAGCGAGUCCGCUGCCAAUGUCGAUGCCGCCAAAGAGUAUCGCGAGGAUCCCGCCGAGUUCAAGCGGAAGGUGGCCCGCUGCGUGAGGCGCAGCCAGGAGGAGAUUUAGACCCCAGACACGAUGGUGGGGGUGGGGCAGCGUUCAACAUGUACCAACAAACCAAAACUACAAUAAAGUUGGCGAGUUCAUUAAAAUAGA